CAUCCAUAUGGUGUGCCUUUUGGUCUUUGCCCACAUGUAUGAACAUAGUAAUGCUGGAGCAUGUGUCUUUGAUUUCUGCAGGUCUGAUGAUGCAAAAGGGCUCCCGAGAGCAGUAGUGUCCCAGCCUUUCAGAUUAAGUUCUUCCCCACAAGGAUCUGUGUCUACUUUGAAGUCUUCAAAAGUGGCUUUGGCCCCUUCAGCAACGGCCAAAAGGAUAAGCAGAGGUUCAUCUUCAGGCACCAGCGUGAGAAGCUUUUCCAUAAACUCCCGGCUAGCCAGUUCUCUAGGAAACUUGAAUGCUGCAACAGAUGAUCCUGAGAACAAAAAGACCUCCUCAUCCUCUAAGGCAGGUUUCACAGCCAGCCCGUUCACCAACCUCUUGAAUGGCACCUCCCAGCCACCUGCCAGAAAUUACCCUGAGCUCAACAAUAACCAGUACAACAGAAGCAACAGCAGCAGCAGCAGCAGUGGGGGCAACCUCAACAGCCACCUGGGCCCCCACAGCGCCAAGACCGAGGAGCAUGCCACCAUCCUCCGGCCCUCCUACACCGGGCUUUCUUCCUCUUCAGCGAGAUUCUUGAGCCGUUCUAUCCCUUCCCUUCAGUCUGAAUAUGUUCAUUACUAAGGCCUUGCCGCUCGGUGGAAGCUGUUCCUUCUUAGACAUCUGGACAAGCCAUGCGGAGGAGGGCACCAGCUUGCUGGAAGGAUUUCUCUGCCUUCUUACCUUAAAUUAGAGAGAGCACUAAGAUAACACCUUCAAGAGACUUGAAACCAGACAGCUGGUUAAUGACUACUGUAAAUGCACUGAAACUAUGUUUAUGGAGAUUUCAACACUUUUUAAUGACAGUUUUAAUGUUGAAUUUGGUAUUUUGAAAGUUAUUUUUAAUGUAUUUCAGUAAUACAUUUGUUAUUACAUUUACAUGUACAGUGUUACAUUAUGUAUGUAUUGUGAACUUCAAAAGACUAUUUUGAUAAAUUUAUAAAUAUAUGAAAUUUAUGUAAAAACUAGACUAUAUUUUGAUUUAGAUUUUCCUGUUGUUUGCUACCAAAAAUUUGUAUUUUAAACUUAUUUAGUUUUAGUAUGGACUUUGUCUUUAAUGAUUCCUCUUUAUUAAGAAAAAGAAAGGGAGAAAGUUUUUAGGAAGUGGUUUUUAUGUUCCCACUGUAAAUAUGACAGAUCAGUGUGUUCUUUGGGGAUGUCAGUCUAAUUUAAAGAGUUCCUCCAAGUUUAUUUCUACCAAGAGUAGACUUGUUUGAUAUGAUUUAUUUAGGACAAAACCCUUCUCCUUCAUUUUUAUUUCUUGAACCAUUGAAAUUAGCUUUGUAUCCUUGGAAACUUAAAAAAAAAAAAAAACUUACAUCCAGUUGAAGAUUUUAGAGUCUCCUGGUUGUUUCUCCUGAAAGCCUGCUUUUUCUCUAUGAAAUGACUGAACAUUCCAAUUGCUUUUCUUUUUUUUUUUUUCUCCUCUCAAAAGAGUGCUUAAAAAAAAUGCCUUAAACCAUUUAUUUUGCCUCUGUUUUCUCUUUUGUACAUAUGCAGAAGAAGGAUACAUAUUUUAAAAUCCACAUCUAAGGUCUCUGAUCGCUCUGCCUCUUAUCAUACAAUGAUGAUUUUAACGACCGAAAAGCACUUCAAAAGAGUUAUUAACUCGAUUAGAAUAUUCUGCUUUUGGUACGAGGUGGUUGUUGCCUUGUAAAUCACAUGUGGUCUGACACCAGUUUAAAUUAAUGAGGGAAAACCUGAAAAAGAUGCUGCUAAGUAGUUCUUUAUAUCCGGGAGUUAUUUUUUAAACGAACAGAGUACAACUCCCUGACACACACGCAGGUGUAUCUGGAACUAAGAUGAACAUGAAAGGACCCUCUUAUGGGUGGGUACUCAUAGCCCUUUCAUGUGAGUCUAAUCUCUUAUUUAGGUCUCCAGAAUCCUGUUGGCUUCAUUUCCAGGGAGCUGGAGGCCCUUACAUCUGGUUCUCUUCUGGCUGCUUAAGAAUGGACUCAUGCCCACCCUGCAAGUGCUGGGUCAGGGGAUUCAUGUGUAGGGCUUGACUCUGAGCAGUUGAGUUAUUUAUAAUGUAUUUAUUAGGAAGGGGUACCUUGAGACUAUUAUUAUGUGCUUCAGCAAGACAUCUUGUUCAUGUUUUAUGCUUUUAAAGAGACGUUUGAAUGAAUGUUUGACUCAGGUUUGUUAACAUAACCUUCAAUAACUGCAGUACCAAAAAGUUGCGCUCAAUUGAUGAAAAAAAAAAAAGAAUUGUAUGUUUUAGGAGUCAAAACUUAAAACAAGUGGAAUUCAAUGGUAUAUAUUUUUU